CCACUUCUUCCAUGGUCACGGUGGCAGUCGGAGAAGAGAGUAUGCAGAGCACUAUCUACAUGGCUAAAUUUAGUCCACCGGCAUCUGUUCAUACACCUUUGUCUGGAUCUUGUGCUCCUGUCACUCUCUCCAUACGGCUGGAGAAAGUGACAAGCACAACGAUACAGUUCAGCUGGAAACCUCAAGGUGGCACAAGAGACGGUCCUUAUCGCGUGCGUCUGUGGGAGGGAUCCAGAGAGAUGGAGAACAGGAACAUAAAUGAAACCAGUAUUGCAUUUGGAAGCCUGCUUUCUGAUCACGAAUACAAAAUAUCCGUGGAUGUUUUAACUUGCUCUGUGAAUAUCAAUACCUCGAUGACAGUUCGGACAGCUGCUAAAGUCUUAAAUGGAACCACUAGGAUUACUAAUAAAGAUUUCAUGCCUGAAUAUGAGAACAAAUCAAGUAAAGCAUUUAAGGACUUCGAAACUCUCUUCAUUACUGAGAUAAGAAACCAUCUGCCAACGGAGAUCCUAAAACUAAUAGAGGAAGGAAAAAUGCGUAUUGUAAUUAAUAGCAUCAGGAAUGGAAGUGUGGUUGUGUUCUUCAACAUUGUGUGGAAUGUAGGAGAAAACAUAACAGUGACAGAGAUUUCAGAUGCUUUUACGAAGUCCCUUAACAUGAGUGCAGUAUUGAAAGCUGACCUUAAAAGGACUGUUAUAGAAGCAAGGAAUAGUUGUCAGCCAGGAUUAAAUGACUGUUGGCAACAUGCUACCUGCACUGCUGAAGGAGCAAGUUAUUCCUGUCAAUGCAACAAAGGAUUCAUAGAUAACAGUCCACAAGUUCCAGGGAGAGUGUGUCAACAAAAGCAGAAUCCACCUUCACAACAGAUGACUACAGUCCUUCCAAAAAGUGCUACAGGUAGAUUAACAGGAUCCACAGCUAAUUCCAUUUUUGCUACCACAUUUGCAUCAAGAGCUUGCAUGCCAGUGUCCAUAGAAGUUGAGAAUGUGACUGGGGAAGCAAUACAAUUCAGCUGGACCACAGAGGGUGGCAAGAGAGGCAUCCUCUACACCAUCUCCCUCAUGGAUGGAAACCGAGAGAUAAAUAAAAUCACCAACGAGACAACAACUAUAUUUAGACAUCUGCUCCCUGGUCACGUAUAUACAAUAUCUGUAAAAGUAUUAUCUUGUGCUGAGAAUAGCAGGACUUCAGUGAGUGUCCGAACAGAUCCGGUUUCCUGUUUCAACAGAACUGGGUUUUGCUUACCACAGAAUCACGUCUGUCCUGACUUAAAAUAUUUUAUAUGCUCAGAUUACCAAGUAUUUGCCUGCAGUGCUUUGCUAAAAAGCCAGACAUUUAAUCAUACACUUUAUGACUCUGACAGUGAAGACUACAAAGCAAUGUCUGAAAGUAUCAAAACAAAAAUUGUUAGAGAAAUGCGCAUCAAACUUAAAGAUGACCACUUUGAUAUCGUGAUGGUUGGAUUCAGACCUGGGAGUGUGAUUGCUUAUUUUAUUUCUCUGCUGCAAAAGCAAGAGCCUGUUGAUGUGAACGUCAUGAGGGAAUACCUAAGUCAAAUAUUAAAGAGAAAGUUUGGUGACCAAGUUGAAGUAACUGUACAAUCUCUGUCUUCUCAGUCAUCAACUGAAAAAAGUUCUGCCUGGAAAGUGGCAGUGAUUGUCCUUGGAGUUUUACUUGGAGUUGCAUUAGUUCUAUUUUUUCUGGUAAUAUCAGUUUAUAUUUGGAUGAAGAAAAGAUCGGAUAAAUACGUAGUUGAACCUAAAGAACUCAUAGGAAAUUUUGUCUACAGGCACUUGUAAUGUAAUCCACCAGUUUGACUUACAUAUUUUGGAUGGGGGUAGGGGGGAAUUAAUAUAUUUGUCUUAAUAUACUUUUGUCUUUGUUAAUGGUUUAUGGUAACCUAAGAAAACUCUACCCUUUCCUUCUCAACGUCCAUUCCUGAGCUCCUAACAACCUCGGAUGAAUUAGCCUUUUGACAUUGCUCUUGAGUAUGGAAUUUUCCUCGUUGAAUGUGUGGGAGACUGAGGCACAGAGAAACUUCUGUUCGGAUGAUCCACUAUAAAUAUUGCAAUGAUUCCUAGCCAUUGGCUAUAAAGAGAGAAUCUGAACUGCUCAAUACUCUCUUAUAUUUAGGUGACACAGCAAACUGACUGAUCCUAGUACCUAUAGCACGUCAUUUGACUACACAUCUGAGCCCAGAGUCAUUGCGUCGAGCUUUAUGCACUUAGCCAAGGGUGAUUCACCUCACCUGAGGUUUUUAUCAUCAUAUGAAGAUGCCUCUUUCUCUCCACUUAGCAGAAUGAGCCAGCCCAGGACAAUUCAGCAUACACAGCUUAGUUUUGAGUCUGAAAGGAAGAGGGAUAGAUCUGGGCUAUAUAGCAGAACAAUAAUAUAGCAGAACAGACACCUGAUCCAGAGGCUUCUGAAUUCAAGGCUGGUUCCUUAAUUCCUGGGCUGUGAAGAAAUAAAUGCCCAUAUGUGACAAAUGUAUAGCAUGUUAGAUACAGGUUUGGUUUAAUAGGAAACAAGUAAUUUUAUAGCCUUAACAUGUUACCAAAAGGUGGGGGAGGGGAGACAAAAGCUUCAUCUAGUUUUGCCUGUCAAAAACAGCUGAGCAAGCAUGUGUCAUAUAAUGCCAUUUUGCCUUGCUGCUGAUAAUCCCAAUGUGGAGUCCACUGAAAGCAGCCCAGAAGAUCCCGUGGCAUUGCUUGAGACCCCAUAUACUAGAGAAAUGGAAAGAAAUAGCCUUUGCUUUCACUGCUCUCAGCUGCAGCCCCAAUGAGGUUGCAGUCUGUUUCUUCUAUGGAGCAUUUUUUUCCUUGGAACACAUUGAACAAAUAAUAAAUGGCAGUGUAUGGUUGUACAUAUUUUCAGUAGUAUUUAUAUAUUUCAUCUCAAAGCAGUUCUCCCUGUGUCUGUGUAUUUUGUUUGUAUGCCAAUGCUCACCAUUCACACUGAAGCACUGAAUAUCCUGUGACGUUCUGAGACCAUGGCUCAUGCCCCUGAAUAAUUUGUGCCCCUUGUCCUUUCAGAUUACAUUAUGUUUAGUUGGCAUGACCUAGAGUAAGAAGGUGUCCAGAACAGGACAUCAGCACACAAAGAGCCUCAGUAGAGCAGUGGAGCGCUCUCCUUGGGGUGCAGCCAGCUUUUUAUACUUCCUUUCCUGAGCUUUUCCUGAGCUUGGCUCCUGGACGAAUCCUACCAAGGGCCCUGGUUAAGCAGAAAGGUGAAGCCAUCUAUGUGCUGGCCUCACUGCAUGUAGGCUGGUUUAGUUCAGGUUGUAUCAGGAGCCAGAUGAGGGAAGUCACACCCAGCCAUGCUCCUCUCUCCUUGGCUUAGCUGCACUGUCACUGUCUGAGGCCAAUGGACUCUGCUGGUUGAGAAGGGAAGUCUGGGUGUGUACCGAGGGGGUCUUUGCACACAAGGUUGUGUUGGUGAUUUAUACUUCUGUCUGGAUUUUGUAUUAUUUUAUUUAUUUCUAUUUUAUUUUAUUUCAUUGUGUUGUGGGGAUCUGUGAAACAGGGUUGUUGCAUGAAUUGUUCUCCCUUAUCCUUCCCUGUAGUAUCAGCUUGGCUGUCCUUUUGCUUAGACUUGGGGUAUGAAGGCAUGGCCCAGCUCUGAUGGAAAUUCAAUAUGCUUAAUAUUUAUUAAAAUCCUUUCAUGUAGGUUUUAAACAUAGCUGGCUUUGCUGUUAAACUCACUGAGCAGUCAUUUGACAAUGCAUUCUGUCAGCAAAUACCGGUUCUCUGGUGAGCUGUGUGUUGAAAACACAAAUGAACACUCUUGCUUAUGUUAAUACUUUUUUUCCUUCUUUUUUUUUGAGGGGUGUACUUUGAACAGCAAUCUCUCAUUGUUAAUAAACCUUUCAGAUGUCUUUGCAAAUAAUGUUGAACUAAAGACCAUGUACAGCAGGGUUGUACUAUGGAACUCUGGGGCUUGCUCCUGCAAAAUAUCUUUAUAUCUGAAGAAAAGUGGUAUUUUAAAUGAUUUUCUUUCAAAAAUGUUGUACAAAUAA